CUGUUUCUUUUUAAAUUACUUCUUAUGACAUUGCUUGCCAGAAUAAACAUUAAUUAAUAUUUUUCCAAACUGCGCUACCCACUCCAGAUGGCGAUAUGAGUUUUUGAGGUGAUGCUUCUUGUGUGACGUAUAAUCUAGUGGACGGAACUGGAGGCUUCUUCAACAGCGACAAAAGGCUUUCUGAUUCAACCAACGUGGUGGUUUGCUAGCGAACAUUAAACCGAAACAUUGAAGCGUUUAAGAAAAAUCUUGUGUAUAUUAUUCUUAGUGUUCUAAGCACAAUUCUAUUUACAUAUCUACUCGUUCAUUGAAACGUAGAUUGCUUGUUAAAUUAGCUAAUGUGGUAAAUUGAUACUGCACGAGGCUAAUCGCCCGAAACAUGAGCUCACUAAUCUCGACGGAGAAAGAAGCUUUCAGGAUGAAAAGGGAGGAAGAGGAGGCUAUCACAUUGAAAGAAGAAGAGGAUGAUAUUACAGUGAAAGAGGAAUAUGGAAAAGAGGUUGUCAGAGUGGAAGAGGAGGAGGUAGAAGCUUUCAGAAUCAAAAAGGAGGAAGAUGCCGUAAUAUUGAAAGAAGAGGAAGAAACUUUUGGAGUAAAAGAGGAAGAGGCUAUCUCAAUUAAAGAGGAUGAGGAAGACAUUUUGGGAGUGAAAAGGGACGAGGCUGAAGAUUCGAUUAAGACCAGAGAGAGACAUGACUUUCGUGGAUCCUCUGGGGAGCCUCAACAACAUCCUGAUGCUGACGAAGUAGAGAGUUGUUCCAGAUCAGAACACCAGAUGGACAACGCUAGCCAUUCCUCCCUCCUGGAGUCCUCGUGUCGUGCCUCUCCCGGUGGCACCUUACUGCUGGGUAUGAAGAGGUUGUCUGUGCUGCUGGUGGACUGCAGGAAAACAACGGGGCUGAGUGGAACUGUGAGAGGAGGAGAAGAGAAGAAAGGAUCAGAUUUGACUCAUCAAAGAGAAAGACCAGACUCAGAGGAACCAGAGCCAGGGAUGUCCAAACCAGCAAGAAGACACCAGUGCUCUUACUGUGGCAAGUGUUUUAAGCGGUUAGGGAACCUGAAACGACACGGGCUAGUACACACAGGGGAGAAGCCAUACCACUGUUCCCAGUGUGGAAAGUGUUUCAGCCGGUCAGGGCAUCUGAAAAAACAUGAAAGAAUACACACAGGGGAGAAUCUUUUCUACUGCUCCCAGUGUGGCAAGUGUUUCAGCCAGUCAAGGGAUCUGAAAAAACAUGAUAGAAUACACACAGGGGAGAAGCCUUUCUACUGCUCCCAGUGUGGCAAGCGUUUCAGCCAGUCAGGGCAUCUGAAAAACCAUGAGAGAAGACACACAGGAGAGAAGCCUUACCACUGCUCCCAGUGUGGCAAGUGUUUCACCCAGUCAGGGGAUCUGAAAAAACAUGAAAGAAUACACACAGGGGAGAAGCCUUUCUACUGCUCCCAGUGUGGCAAGCGUUUCAGCCAGUCAAGGGAUCUGAAAAACCAUGAGAGAAGACACACAGGGGAGAAGCCUUUCUACUGCUCCCAGUGUGGCAAGCGUUUCAGCCAGUCAGGGGAUCUGAAAAACCAUGAGAGAAGACACACAGGGGAGAAGCCUUACCACUGCUCCCAGUGUGGCAAGUGUUUCACCCAGUCAGGGGAUCUGAAAAAACAUGAAAGAAUACACACAGGGGAGAAGCCUUACCACUGCUCCCAGUGUGGCAAGUGUUUCAGCCAGUCAGGGGAUCUGAAAAAACAUGAUAGAAUACACACAGGGGAGAAGCCUUACCACUGCUCCCACUGCGGAAAGGGUUUUAACCGGUUAGGGACCCUGAAACAGCAUGAGAGAACACACACAGGGGAGAAGCCUUACCACUGCUCCAAGUGUGGCAAGUGUUUCACCCAGUCAGGUGAUCUGAAAAAACAUGAAAGAAUACACACAGGGGAGAAGCCUUACCACUGCUCCCAGUGUGGCAAGUGUUUUAACCGGUCAGGGAGCCUGAAACAACAUGAGAGAAUACACGCAGGAGAGAAGCCUUAACACUGCUCCCAGUGUGGAAGGAGUUUUAACCAGAAAAACAGCCUGAACCAACAUGAGAAAAUACACAGAGGUGAGAUGCAUUACCACUCCUCCCAGGGUGCAAAGCAUUUGCCCAUUUAGGAAGCCUGAAAGAGCGUGACACAGAGGAGAAAGCUUACAAAAGCUUAGACUUUGGGAAAACAUAUUACUCAAUCACUUAAACGUCAUUAGAGAAUCUACACAGGAGAGAAAUGACUUCUCUUAGCGUGUAUAUUGAUAUUUCACAUCUCAUUUUUCUUACAAUUCAUCAGAGAACAUACACAGUGCUCCCAUUGUCUUAUAUUGUUGCCUUAUACAGUG